CUAACACAGCAACACUAAUUCUCAUCCUUCUCUAAAAAUCUCUCCCAAAAAAAAUCAACUUUGUCUUUUUAUUUUUUCUUAUACCAUCAUGAUGAGUCUAAGAACUUGUCCAUCAUUUUCCCUCACAUUCUCUCCAUCCAACAAACAAGUGAAAAAACUCUCCCCAUCAUUCAAACCCUACAACCAAUCUCCACCGUCCAGAUCAUCAAUCAAGAUGUCUUCCAUUUCCACAAACCAUUCACAAGGUGUAGAACAUAUCGUACUCUUCAAAGUUAAAGAAAACACCGAAUCCUCAAAAGUCAACGCCAUGGUCAACGAGCUUCAAUCCUUAGUAACUAUUGAACAAGUUCGUCACCUCACUGUGGGCCCACUUCAACAAAACAACAAAAUAACAUCAACAACAAUACCAUUUUCUGAUCUUAGUUACACUCACUUAUUUCAUAGUCGUUACGAUUCAACGGAGGAUCUUCAAACCUAUAUCGAUCACCCAAACCACCUCAACGUUGUACGAGGUUUUUGUUUUCCUAUAUGCGACAACCUUUUUGUCGUCGAUUGGGUGGCGGGAGACGUAGCUCUUCCGCCUCACCCUUCUCCGGGUACCGCCUUUCGUGUGAGUUUUUUGAAACUUAAGGACGAGGAGAACAGUAAACUUAAGGAGGAAGUAUUUCGGGCGGUACGAGGUAUUAAGGAAAGUGUUGGAGAAGUUAGUUAUGUUUCUUGUGGUGAAAAUAUUACACCAGCUAGGGCAAAGGGAUUCUCUAUUGCUUCGCUUGUGGUUUUUCCCGGACGGAGGGAGAUGGAACUUGUGGACCCUAGUGAAGGUUUGGUUAAGGUUAAGGAGCAUUUGGAAAGUGUUGUGGUGGUUGAUUAUGUGGUUCCUUUGAAGUAGGUUUGCAACCUUUAUUUGUUUUGUGUUUUGAUAGUAAAAGUCUUUUGAAGUUGUGUGUGUUCUUCUUAUUAGAUUGUUGUUUAGAAUAUUGCACACAAAAGUCUCUCGACUGCUCCACAUUUAGCAAUUGUUUUCUAAUGUGGCUCGAUUCAAUAAAACAUUGGAAAUUAGCAUUUAGUGUGCAAGAUAGAAUAGAAAUAUGAUAAAUAUACGGUACAGCGACAUUGAUAAGUAUUCU